AUGUAUAUAUCAGCUGCACCAAAUGCCGUUCCAGCUGUCUCCAUAACUCCUCUCACCCUCGCCCGGUACGCCGCAGCCGCCAGCGAAGAAAUCGAUCCGCACCACCGCAGCGAACAAUGGUCCUCCUUCAUCGGCAUCAUCACCGCCAUUGUGGGCAAUAUCCUGAUAUCAUUCGCGCUGAACACGCAGCGGUAUGCGCAUACGCGGCUGGAACGGCAGUACAAGGAGCGGAAGAAGGCGAGAUGGAAAGCGGAGAAUCGACGGAAUGGCGUGGGCGCGUAUGGGAUCGGCUCGGAGCAAGCGGACCGAAAUGGAAGCGCGAUAGGACAUGAUUCACCUAAUGGUCAUGAUGGAGAAGAGGAGGCAACCGAGACAGACACGCUUCUGCCUAGGAGCAUUGACAGAGAUUCGUCCGAGAUAGAAAGGGAACAGACCGACUCUGACGACAGCGCCUCGCAAUCCUAUUUACGCUCGCCAUAUUGGUGGACGGGCAUCAUCCUCAUGAUCAUCGGCGAAGCUGGCAACUUUCUCGCGUACGGCUUUGCGCCCGCAUCGAUCGUCUCGCCGCUCGGCGUGGUGGCGCUCAUCUCGAACUGCAUGAUCGCGCCAUUUAUGCUCAAGGAGCCGUUUCGAGGGAGGGACUUUUUUGGCGUCCUCAUUUCCAUUACGGGCGCGGUGACCGUCGUCCUGAGCGCGAACACCACAGACCCGAAGCUUGGACCGGACGAGUUGUUGGAUCUGAUGUCGCGGUUGGAGUUUAAGAUCUACCUUGGGAUCACGACGGCGAUGAUAUUUGGGUUGAUGUGGGUGAGCGCGAGGUAUGGGCAAAAGUCUAUAUUCGUGGAUCUGGGUCUUGUCGGGCUAUUUGGCGGCUAUACUGCUCUUUCGACCAAGGGCGUCGCAUCGCUGCUUUCCUAUACCCUGUUCCGAGCGCUGACGUUCCCUAUGACAUAUUUGCUGGUCUUCGUCUUGAUUCUCACUGCGGUCAUGCAAAUCCGCUAUGUAAACCGGGCGCUCCAGCGGUUCGAUGCAACCCAGGUCAUCCCUACGCAGUUCGUCAUGUUCACUCUAUCGGUCAUCAUCGGAAGCGCCGUGUUGUAUCGCGAUUUUGAGAGAACUUCAGGGGACUCGUCCGGAAAGUUCAUUGGUGGUUGCGCCCUGACGUUCAUGGGCGUCUGGCUGAUCACGAGUGCCCGCGAACCCAGGGAGGAAGACGAUGGUUUUGGAUUCGAAGAAGAGGAGGAGGAACACAUCAACCUGGCCCGGGACUCAAGGCGCCCGAGCAUCCAGCAACGGGACGAUCGCAGGGACAGUAUCCGACACAAUCCUCACGCCUCACUCCCAAUGUCUCUCGGAACUCCAACACGAUCAAGAGCGCCGCAUUUACCCGUCACCGGCACUACCCCGGCCUUGGCUCCACCCGAAACCAUCGAGGAGCAAUCUCCCGAAACCCUUCGACCACAAACACCCCAGCACAUGGCGCUUCAUUCCGAUCUGGACACGCCAUCCGAAGUCUCUUCCAUUGCCUCGACACCUACACUGCCCACUAAUCACGCAUUCGACUCGCAUUCUCCCCUUCUCAACUCAUACCAGGACGACUCCCACGAAUCCUCGCAAACGCCCAAAAGGGCCGGUUUCCUCCACCCGCUCACAUCCCUCUUCACCACGACCCCCUCGAAACCCCCUUUCGAAACCCCCUCGCACUCCACCCCCUCCCUCCCCACCAUCCCACCUCACCACCCCCUCCCACUACCCCGCACCCCCACCACCGGCACCACCUCCGGCCCCACCACCCCAACCCAAUCCCAUCCCCAUCCUUCUUCCACCACCCAUGGUCCCAAACCCCGCCGCUCCCUCACCAACCUCCUCCGCCACCCUCCCCCCCUCUCCACCCCCCUCUCCUCCUCCCUCAGCGCCGUCGUCGCCGACGAACUCCGCCGCGGCCCGCCGCGCCCCCUCCGCCGCCGCCACACCAUCCGCUCCCCGCUCCCCGCCGCCAGCGCACCCGUGACGCCUAACUCAAUCGGGUCACGGUCGCGCGGGUUAAGUACCGGCGAUAUUAAUGUCGCCAUCGUAACAUGA